AUGAGUGUGUUCAAAUGUCGUGUUCAAAUAUUGUGUACAACACAAGGUGUCCCAGUGAGGGCCGAAGUUCUGUUUAGCCACCUGUUACCCUCAUGUACUUUCCGAGUGUCUGUGAACGCAACUCGCCCCCGCAUCCAUCCUCAGUGCGUGCUCGACGUGCUCCGUGCGUGUGUGUGUGCUGGAGCGGUGUCCCUGGCUUCCCCCUACUCCACGCUCCUCCAGCGGACCUCCUCUGCAGCCCGGUCGCUUCCAGGCCUCAUUAGCUCUGCUCUGCGCCUCCAGCCAGACGAGCCCGGGACAGAUAUGCGCACCUCCGAAGCAGCUCCAGGCGAUCACAGUGGCAUCUGA